GUUAUUAAGACCAGAGGUCCACUGAGGACAUUUCCAGCACGGAGACGGUACAGCCACUUCUGCAAGUAUCUACAGAGAAGAAACUAUGUCGGACUUCACGGGGAAGAAUGAAUACCAGGCAUUAUUCAAUCCGAAGGCGUAUCUGGAGUCCUAUCAUCAGCUGGGUUCAGGGUCUAUGGGAGAUGAAUAUUUACAAUUUGUACUCAAAGAACUAGUGGAGAUAUUUCAUCCAGGUAAAUUGAAAGGUGAUACACUGAUUGACAUUGGAACGGGACCCACCAUAUACCAGAUUCUAUCAGCUUGUGAAGGCUUUAAGAACAUCAUUGUCUCUGAUUUUACUGACAAAAACAGGGAGGAAUUUAAUGUGUGGCUUAAAAAUCAGCCUGGAGCAUUUGACUGGAGCCCUGUGGUGAAACAUGUGUGCCGGCUAGAAGGCGACAGGAUUCCUUGGGAACAAAAGGAAGAACGACUAAGAAAAACGAUAAAACAAGUCCUCAAGUGUGAUGUUUUGAAUAUAAAUCCCAUAGAUCCGGUUACUAUUCCCCAAGUUGAUUGUCUCCUGAGUUGCCUGUGUCUGGAGGGAGCGUGUAAAGAUUUUGAAUCGUAUAUCACUGCUUUAAAAAAUAUUACUACAUUAUUAAAACUGGGCGGUUACUUAGUGCUCACGGGUGUUCUCGGAAACAAUUACUACAUGGUAGGCGAUGUGAAGUUCUCUGGCCUAAACCUUAAUGAAACCUUUCUUAGGGAAGCUAUAACUGGAGCUGGAUAUGUCAUCAAAAGCUUUAAGCAAUCUAAGAAGACAGAAGAUUCUGUAGAAGACAAAGCGGAUUUCACAGCUUAUUAUGUUAUUGUUGCACAGAAAGAAAGAAAUAUGUAAGCACCGUUAAGCUUAAAGGGAACCUGUCUUGUUUAACAUGGUGCAUCAUCUGCAGGCAGCAUGUUAUAGGGCAGGUGGAGCUGAACAGAUUGAUGUAUAGUUUUGUG